UGGCAUCCGAUUUGAAAUCAACUUCAGUGGGCGACCCUACAAAGUUCAUUGUCGACUCUUCCAACUUCUUCCUCUCGACCAUAUCGUUCGCAAGAAGUGCUAGUCUCUCUGAACAACCGUCAAGAUGGCCAGAAGACCUGCCAGAUGUUACAGAUACUGCAAGAACAAGCCCUAUCCCAAGUCUCGAUUCAACCGCGGUGUACCUGACCCCAAGAUCCGUAUCUUCGAUUUGGGACGAAAGCGUGCCAAUGUCGACGAAUUCCCCCUCUGCGUGCACAUGGUUUCUAAUGAGUACGAACAAUUGAGCUCCGAAGCGCUCGAAGCGGCCCGUAUUUGCGCCAACAAAUAUCUCGUCAAGAUUGCAGGCAAAGAAGGUUUCCAUCUCCGAGUCCGCGCCCACCCCUACCACGUCGUCCGCAUCAACAAGAUGUUGUCCUGCGCUGGUGCCGAUAGACUUCAGACUGGAAUGAGAGGAGCUUGGGGCAAGCCCAACGGCACAGUCGCCCGUGUCAACAUUGGCCAAAUUCUUCUGUCAGUCCGAACCCGAGACGCCCACCGUGCCACCGCUAUCGAGGCUCUACGACGCUCCAUGUACAAGUUCCCUGGUCGCCAAAAGAUCAUCGUCAGCAAGAACUGGGGUUUCACGCCCUUGAGACGCGAUGAGUACGUCAAGUUGAAGCAAGAGGGCCGUGUUUUGAUCGAUGGUGCAUAUGUUCAAUUCUUGAGAAACAAGGGCAAUAUCGAACAGAACAUGAAGCGAUUCCCUGGUGCUUACGAGGGCGGUAGCGAGAUCGCCGCCGAGGCAUAGAUUUCAUGUUUUGGCUCAAAGGAGCAGUGAAUUGCAUAUGCAAAGGCCAAAGGUGAAAUACCGGAGUAGUUUUUAGUUCCACGGAACAGAGGUAUCGGCUGGGCAACAUUAUCGCGUGCCUUCAGAACGAUUCUUUUGCCCGGAAUGAAAAAUGCGCCCUUCACCCGGAAAUGGGGUUCCGUCGGACGACUGGGGGUACUCUGAGAUACUUCCGAUCAUGAUAGACGCGAAAUGAAGGACAUUGACACCAUGAGUACAAACCUGUUUUCAUAUAUGGGUCCACAUGUACCCAAUCAUCCUUGAAAGUGACGAAUGGACCUGUAAUUGGAAGUGCCAGUAUUCCUUCUCCCCCGGUACCACUGAGGUAAUAUGUAAGACUACCCCUGGCCCUCCCUCCC